AUGUGGCAGAAUGGGCAGAACAGAACUGAGGCAGACAAUGUGAGACCAACCUCGUCUUUAUCCUUGAAGAACACACGUCAUGUUGGGAACGCUGAUGUGCACUAUUCCCAGAUAAGUGAGGUGGCAAAGAUGCUGUACCAGCAGGGUGUAACAGAGUUGAUUCACAGCAGCCCCAGUGAGCAGGUGGCCUACCUCCUGGUCGAGAGAGCCUCCCUACCAGAGACCAGUGAGGAUUGUAACAAUGGGACGGGUGAUGGAAACACAGCCGGCCUGCUGGGGACUGAAGCCCAGGCAUUGAACAGCAAUGCAGACCAAUCUUGCCACAAGGGGGCACCACACCACGGACAGAGCCCAUGGAAGAGACUCUUUGGACUCCACAAAGCUUCACAGAGCAAAAAUAACUUUAUUCUCUAGGGCACUUUGCAUGACAGAAGAAGUUCAAGAUACUUCACCACUGAUGCAUCUUGAUUCAGUGCACCUCUUAAGAUUGAGGGCAGGCAUUUGGCUGGCCAGGCCAGCAGCGUUGAGAGGGAAUGUUCCCGCCUGGAGCGGGACCUGGAGGAGGGCUACCGCCGGCUGGCCAUGGCCCACACCGAGAUCCGCCGCUUGACUGAUGAGCUGGAGUCAGCUCACUUGACCCAAAGAGCUUAUGAGCAUGAGCUGCAGGCAGCACAGCAGGAGGUGGAUGAACUCAGACAGGAAGUACACAAACUGAAGAAAUAUGAAAUAGUGGAACUGCGAAAGGCCAAAGAGCUGAACGAUCGCCUGGACCUUGAGAUCAGAGCCUUGAGGAGCCGGGUCUGCACCCCGGAUGCUGAGAAAAGCUCUCUGCAGCAGAUGGUGUCGCCACUGCAGGAGAAGGUGGAGCAGCUGGAGUCGGCUCUGCAGCAGCAGCUGAAGCUGCACACUCAGCAGGUUCAUGCCAACGGGGACACAGAGCAGGCCGAAUCUCAAGCAGCGGAGGUAGUACAGAGCAACCAGACCUGCAAACAUCUACAAGAGGAACUCACUGCCCAGACAAGAUGUCUUCUGGAAAAGGAGGAAAUUGCGGUGUCUCUGCAGAGGGAGGUGGAGCGGCUGGAGGUGGAGCGGCUAGAGGUGGAGCGGCUGGAGGUGGAGCGGCUGGAGGCAGCCCUGCAGGGUCAAACCAACCUGGUUAAUGAGUUAGCUGCUGUGCAUUCCCUCAAGCAGCAGCCGGAUACUUCCCAUUAUGACCUGAAUCACCUCAGAGCUAGCGUCCUCACCACAGAAAACAAAGUUCAGGAUCAGAAGCGGUGGGAGGAAAAUGGGCAACGUUUAGAAAACACUCACCGUCAGCUGAAAGAUGAUAAAGAACUACAGACACAACAACAGGUGCUGCAAAACAAAGAAAUCCCACUGCGUAAGGAUUCUCAAGAAGCCGUGAAGAUUCUGCUGGCCUCCCAAGUUGAGUGUGAGACACUAAAGAAGGAGAUCUGUGAAACCCUUAAAUGCCUCGACAAAGAGCGGAGUAAAUACCAUGAAAUGAAGGAAAAGCACAAGGCGAAACUGUGUCGAGCCAAACAUAAAUGUGAUGAGGAGUCCACACGGCGCAAUGAAAAGAUAAAGAAUCUAGAGCGGCAGCUUUCGUUGUGUUCCCACUCGCUGUCAAAGGCGAAAGAGCUCACCAUAAGUAUAACUGUGGAAAAUGAGAAACUACUUGUGGAGAGGAGAAGAUUAUUACAACAGCUAAAUGAGGACAACAAGGAAGACAGUAAUCUAACAGCCUCUUUGUCCAGAUGCAGGGUGGAUUUUCUCGAGAUGGAAAACAAGAAACUGAGAAACAAAAUACUCCACAUGUCCAAUCAGCUCGCUGUCCUGGAACACACCGUGCAAAACAUGCAAUCACUCCACUUUGCUGAGGUACGAGGCGCAGAGCUGAAGAAAAUAUCAAAUUGUAUGCAGGUUUUUAAAUCCCUUGCUUUGCAAACUUCCAGUGAGACGAUGCCCAAAAUGUCUGAAAUCCAGGGGUUAUUUGACAAAAGUCAGAGAAAGCAGACAGAUGUGACUUCCUCCUGUCACUGCAUCGUCUCUGGGCCUCAAUCAGCAGAGAUGGGCGACCUGAAUCUGACCUCCGCUCAGAGAGGCUCAGACCUCUCGUCUCCCCCGGCUGCCCUCAGCAACUCAGAUUUACUGUCUAUCUGCAACAUAAAUAUACUGUAGAGAAAUGUGUAAAUAAAAAUAAAUAAGCAAUUCCCAUUUCUCUGUCGUUCUCUUCCCAUUCAGUUUAAUUUUGUAGUUAAUAUCAAAAUGACCGACCUCUCCGGAUCGGAGUGACAACAGCUCUUGUGUAAAAAAUAAAUAAAUGAAUUCACAUCCUGUAACUGUUCAACAUCUUAACUUCAAACCUGACUAACAUGUACAGUGCAUGGAUUUCAGAACCCUCACAGUUUCCAUCUUGAGGUCGAUCUUCACACAUGUUCUCUUCGUGUUUUUUACUUUGCACAAUUGACGAGCCGUUUUGCUCGGGCCUCUGGGGCCGGCCGAGGGGGAGAGACCACGGGACAUACCGGAGCAGCUGUUCGUUCUAAACUUAGGAGCUAGAGCCCUGCCGCAUUAAAUGAAAUGUACUUUUAUUAUGUUUGUAUGAAGUCCUCAAAAAGGUCCUCCAUAUUCUGAUUGCAGUUGCCUGAUGUAUUUGUUGGCAUUUAAACGACAUGCAGUCAUUUGACCUGUAUAUGUGAAACACGUUAAGACAUCGCAAUAGACGGUGGCUCCAUCUCAAUGGAUUUUGAACCAAAGGGAAACACUCAAUUAGUCCUUACAAAUAAAUCAGUUGGAUGUUUCAGCUACUAAGUAAUAGCUUCACACUUUGACUAUCCAACACAUUUAUUUAAAAAAAAGAAACAUUUCUGGGAAAUUAUAUUUCUCCUUAAAGAUGUUCAUUUUAAUGCCACAUUUUUUUUAGUACGGAGCUGCCACAAAUACCACUUGGCAGAAUGCCACCAAUAUGAUACAUCUGCUUAUAUGACCUACUUAUCUCCUCUGACUCAGGUGCCCUCAACAUCCUGAUACUUCUAGACCUCAGCGCAGCCUUUGACACAGU